AUAUACAUAAACAAAUGAUUGAAAGAAAGAUAGAUAAUUAUCCUUUCACAAAAUUGGAUUAUUCUUUCUUUAAUUCAGUAAUAUUCUUCAGUAGCUGUUGUAGCUGGGGUUUCUUUAUUUUUUAAUUUUUGGGCACUGCCCACAGGCAUAGAUUCUCUCAUUCAGUGUUGCAAUUAAAUCUAGAGCCCUCCAAAGCUGGGUGGCUCAGGAAUACAUGAAUGUGCUCUGUUUUUUGCUGGUUUGAUUCUCUCUGCUCAUAGAAAGAUUGCUUGCUUUUGUCAUUGUCUUUAUUACCUCUCUUUUUCAUGGAUGCCCUCUAUGUCUCUUUUUGAGUUUCUAGGCGGUUUUCGGCACAAUGUGCAGCUGGUAUACACAUACUACUUAGUGUUGCAUAUUCACAUGUAUUAUUCCAUUUUCAACCUACUUAUUGGGUAUAAAUAGACCACCAAUUUAGGUUUUUCUCAUUGCAAUCCCAGUUUUCAGUCAGUGUAGUAAGUGCUAUAGACUUUCUCAGGCGGCGAAAAUGAGCUAUACAAAUCCUUCUAUGGGGGGUUCUGGUAGUAGAACAGCUAGAAGAGCACCUGAAUUUGGGAGGACAUAUGUGGUGAGGCCUAAGGGGAAACACCAGGCCACAAUAGUUUGGCUGCACGGCCUUGGUGAUAACGGCUCGAGCUCAUCCCAGCUCUUAGAAAGCCUUCCUCUUCCAAACAUUAAAUGGAUAUGCCCAACUGCUCCUACUCGUCCAGUGACUCUACUUGGUGGAUUUCCUUGCACUGCAUGGUUUGAUGUAGGAGAGCUUUCUGAAGAUGGUCCAGAUGAUUUUGAGGGUUUGGAUGCUUCAGUAGCACAUAUUGCAAACUUGUUGUCCACGGAGCCCAGUGAUGUUAAACUUGGUAUUGGAGGCUUCAGUAUGGGUGCUGCAACUGCCCUCUACUCUGCAACUUGUUUUGCCCAGGGAAAAUAUGGAAAUGGCAACCCUUACCCUGUCAACUUAAGGGCCGUUGUUGGUCUAAGUGGCUGGCUUCCUGGUUCAAGGAGCUUGAGGAACAAGAUAGAAGCAUCACAUGAGGCUGCAAGGCGUGCUGCGUCCUUACCCAUUUUGCUGUGUCAUGGAACUAGUGAUGAGGUGGUCCCUUCUAAAUAUGGAGAUAAAUCCGCCCACUUCUUGAGCUUAGCUGGAUUUCGAUACCUUACAUUCAAAACCUAUGAUGGGCUUGGUCAUUACACAGUCCCUAAAGAGAUGAACGAGGUCUGCAAUUGGCUAAGUGCAAGGCUGGGGCUUGAGGGUCGCUCUUAAUUUUCCUAUUUGGAGCUAGCAAGGGUGAAAAUGGAAACAAAUAACGGUAUACAUGUAGAUGUGGGUAGUAAGUGGAUUUGGUUUUGUUGGGGAAUAUGGUAUAGAUGAAUUAGACUUCCUAAUAUUCGUUUUGUCUUCUUGUCUGCCCUAAAAUAAAGUUUCGGCUAUGUCUCUCUUUAUCUUGGCCAGUACUGUAGGCACCUAGGUGGUAUUUGUUUUGGUCAAAUCUACUAAUUAAGUUAUGAGCAUUUUGGUAUUCAUUUUAUGUGAUGAUCAAUUUAGAGGCAA